AUGUAUCAUAUAAAAAUCUACUCUUCUAAGACAGACUGUUGGAGAGACGCAGGAGAUCCCUUUCCUUUUUCUAAACUUGGUGUAUUAUUUCAUUCUGGUGUGUAUUGGAAUGGUUCAGUCCACUGGUUCGACGAGUGGUUGGGAGAUCUCCAUUAUUUUAAUAUUGAUUCUGAGUCAAUGAAGAAAAUGGAAAUGCCUAGGGAUCCAACGAAAGGUUUUAGGAGGCACAUUGUAUACUUCAAUGAGCGCAGGGGACAUAUAUAUCUUAUAGAUAUGCGCAACAACGACAUUCCCCGUUAUGACAUUUGGGAGAUGCCUACCGACUAUACGGGAUGGAAUCUCAAGUAUUAUGUUGAUCUAGGUCCAUUAACAACUGUAUACCCUGGCAUUAUAUUAGAUAGAAGUUUUUUCUGUCGUUUUAAACUGCAUGUGCUGCUUAUCGAGGAAGGCGAAGAUUCAUCAAGGUUGAUAUUAUGGGUAGGGAAGGACAAGGUGAUAUCCUUUGACCUUAAAACUAAGAAUUUUAAGGAAAUGUAUGAUGUUAAUCCCGAUGCUUGGCUAGAAGGCUUUGAAUAUGUCGAAACACUUGCUCACGUGUGA